CAUACUUACCCUGUUGCAUUGGGUGUUCCGGUCAACCCAAAUCAAGAAAGAAAAGCAACCAGGACGCCCAGAAUGGCCGGCGAACCGGGAGAGGCGAUGGCCCACAAGGCCUUCGACACCAUUCUGGUGCUCGACUUCGGCUCUCAGUAUACCCAUCUGAUCACUCGCCGACUCCGUGAACUCAAUGUCUUCUCGGAAAUGCUGCCGUGCACUCAGAAGCUCUCCGAGCUCAAGUUCACUCCCAAGGGCAUCAUUCUCUCGGGCGGACCUUACUCCGUCUACGAGGAGGGCGCCCCUCAUGUCGACCCUGCGGUCUUCGACCUCAACGGCAUGCAGGAGCUCGCCUACCGCAUUGACUCAGCGAACGUCAUCGCCGGCACGCACCGCGAGUAUGGCCAUGCGACGCUCAGGGCUCGGUCCAUCGGAGGCCAUGUUGACCGCCUCUUCGACGGAAUCGAGGAGUCCAUGCGCGUCUGGAUGAGCCAUGGCGACAAGCUGGCCAAGCUUCCCGAGGGCUUCCACACCGUUGCCACCUCUGACAACUCUGAAUACGCUGCCAUCGCCCACGGAAGCAAGGCAAUCUACGGCCUGCAGUUCCACCCCGAAGUUACACACACGCAGAACGGGACCGCGCUCCUCAAGAACUUUGCCGUCGGCAUCUGCGGCUGCAAGCAAGACUGGACUAUGCAGAAGUUCCUCGAAGAGGCCGUUGCCCAGAUUCGCCACACUGUCGGUGAGAAGGGCCAAGUGCUGGCCGCCGUCAGUGGCGGCGUCGAUUCGACCGUUGCCGCCAAGUUGAUGAAAGAGGCGAUUGGUUCCCGGUUUUGGGCGGUACUUGUCAACAAUGGCCUGAUGCGACUGAAUGAGUGCGAGCAGGUCCAGAAGGACCUCUCGGAGGCGCUCGGCAUCAACCUUACCGUUGUCGAUGCCUCAAAGGAGUUCCUUGAUGGCCUGAAGGGCAUUGAGGAUCCCGAGAAAAAGCGCAAGUUCAUCGCUGCCGCUCAUGACCCGACCAAGGCCGGGAAGAUUGAAUUCUUCAUGCAGGGCACCCUCUACCCUGAUGUGAUCGAGUCGCUCUCAUUCAAGGGCCCUUCCGCCACAAUCAAGACGCACCACAAUGUUGGCGGACUCCCUGAGCGGAUGAUGAACGGGCAGGGCCUGAAGCUCAUUGAGCCACUCAGGUCUCUGUACAAGGAUGAGGUCCGCGAACUUGGACGAGCGUUGGAGAUUCGGGAAGAACUUGUGAUGAGGCAUCCUUUCCCUGGCCCCGGUAUUGCCGUCCGAAUUCUCGGCGAGGUGACCCCUGAGAAGGUCGAGAUCGCCCGCCAGGCCGAUCAUAUCUUCAUCUCCGAGAUCCGCAAGGCUGGUCUCUACAACCAGAUUUCCCAAGCCUACGCUGCCGUCGACCCCAGCCGCGCCGUGGGCGUCAUGGGAGACAAGAGAGUCUACGGAUAUAUUGUCGUCCUCCGCGCAGUGACGACCACCGACUUCAUGACGGCCGAGGCGUUCAACUUCCCGUGGGACUUCCUUCAGCGGGUCAUGAACAGAAUCGUCAACGAGGUCCAUGGAGUGUGCCGUGUCGUCUACGAUGUGACUUCGAAGCCGCCGGGAACGAUAGAGCUGGAGUAAUGGCUACACAUAGAACAGUGGGGAUUCGAGGUAGUGUGUUGUUUCCCGCCACCUCUACCAUGCACUGCGGGCGACGGGCGGCGCUCCUCAUUACGCACGACACAGAGACGACAGAUUCCGGGACGGAGUGUUUCGGUGCCGGUCAAAAUUGGAUCUUCGGGCGGGUGGUAGACCGACAUAGACCCUUCAGAUUCCUUAUACAUUGGAUGAUGACAAG